UGUUUGAUAACUUUUUUUUCUGCAGGAAUUAAUAUUUGAUUUAUGCUUUCUGGCAAUCAUUUGGACAAUCGUUAGGCUAGGUAGGUAGGUAGGCUAAGCCGGCACAUUCUGAGAUGAGUCAUCAUGAGACAGGACAGACAGUCACAACAGAGCCAGGCCGCCGGUAGGAAGAGGUAUGCGAAUGGCAUGUGUAACUAUGAAUUGAAUGAGUACACAGCAACCAAAGAGCAAGAAGGCUCGCUAUGUGCUCAGCAUUGUUUAAAUUCUCUCUUACAAGGACAAUAUUUUAGUGCGGUGGAUCUUGCAGAUAUUGCGCGACAGCUAGAUGAAGCAGAACGUGAGAAGAUGGCUGAAGGAGAUGUGACGUCUCGGGAAUACCAGCAAUUUUUACAGCAACCAUCUAGUAACAUGGAUGAUAGUGGUUAUUUUUCUGUUCAAGUCAUCAGUGGUGCUUUAACAAUUUGGGGCCUUGAAAUAAUGCCUUUUGCCAGUAGGGAUGCUGUAGGGGCCACAGUCAGUCCAGAGAAAGAGAGAUGUUUUAUUUGUAACUAUAAAGACCAUUGGUUAGCCAUCAGAAAGCUUGGUCAGCAGUGGUUUAAUUUAAACUCUCUUCUAUCAGGACCAGAAUUAAUAUCCGAUACAUAUUUAUCUAUGUUUUUAGCGCAACUGAGAAAAGAAGGUUAUUCAAUAUUUGUUGUAAGGGGACAUCUACCAGAUUGUGAAGCCAACAGCAUUUUGAACUUAGUAAGAGCUGUACAAAGAUCCAAACCCGUAUACCUGACAGACAAGACUCAAAGCAAUCCAAAGGCCAGUAAAAGCACAGAUGGUUUCUCAGAGGAGGACCUUCAACAAGCUCUGGAGGCCAGUAAAAAGUAUCUGGAUAACCCAGAGGAAGAUAAAGAGUCUGUACAACAUGCAAUACAAACGAGCCUCCAAAAUGAUCAAGCUACCAACUCGCUUGGAGCUAGUGAAAGCACCUCUACAACACCUAUUACUCCUGAUAUGAAUGAUCUUAGAAAAAAGAGAGAGGCUUUCUUUAACAAGCAGCAAAUGAAAGUUUCAGUGAAUAAAUCUGCAAGCAGUGAUUCAGUAGUUUCAGGAGAUGAUGGAAAAAGUAAAGCACCAAAGAUGGAUGAAGUUAUCGAUGAGGAAACGGAAGAUGCGAUGCUAGAAGCUGCUAUUAAGUUAUCAAUGAGUAACAACAUUUGAUUGGUAGCAGAGUGUAAUGCCAUAAUGUAGUCUGUUGGCAGAGCACAUUGAUCCAGUCAGGAAUCGUCUUCUGUUGAUUAGGAUGUUGCACACAUGACUGAAGGCCAAGCAAUUCUGUAAGGGGUGAUUUUAUUGGUUGCACAAUGCAAGAACAGUUGAACUUGAACAAAUCAAGAAUCAUCUGCUGUUUAUUAUGUUCUACCUAUGUGCAUACGACUCAAGGCCAAAUUAUUCUGCAAGGGAUAAUUUUAUUGGCUGCAAAAUGCGAGAACAAUUAAAAUUGAACUAAUCACGAGUCAUCUCUUGCUUAAUAUUAUAUUUUGCACAUAGUUCACGGCCAAACAAUUCCAGUAGAGGGGAUUUUAUUGGCUUUAUAAUGGGAGAGCAUUUAAAAUUAGUGGGAUUAUUAAAUUUUGACUCGGUAAACAUCAAUACCUACAUAAAAUUGGAUACUGUACGUACCUGUUUUAUAUCAUUUUUACUAGUUACUGUAAUCGAUAACUUUGGAUUCUUGUAAAUAAUAAAAAUAGAAGGCCGGCCUUCUGCACAGAGAAGAUAAUGCUAAUGACUGUUGUCUGAGAUUAGUAUUAAUAAACUUUAGUGUUACAUACAUUGAAAGCAUAUACCAUAUGGCCUUACCUUUCACAUAAUGGUGAUGACAGCACUUAACUAGUGUUACAUUCUAGAUAUGGUAUAAAAAGUUGUCAUAAGAAUUGUUUCUGUACAAUGCUAAGUUGCAUAAAACAGCUGGCCUUACAAUAUUUGAUUUAUGGUGUGUUAAAAAUGCUAGGGAGCUUUUAAUUUGUUUGACGACGCAAUGCUAGAACGGAAUCACUCAUGCGUGACCGUACUACCGGGUGUCCUACGUUCUCUGCAUAAGGAAGAUUUGGCCAAAUUGCAUCCUAGAAUCCAUGUGAAAAGGAGAACUAAACGUUCUCGCAUGUGCAGAUGGCUUUUGUUGACGUCGUUACGGUCUACAUCUUACCAUCGUCAUGCAAUCAAAAUCUCCCUUAUGCAGUAAUACACAUGUAGGGCGAUAACAUAUCUGGUAGCUACUGUUACAAGUGAUAUUUAUGUUCAGUUUAUUAUAAUUUCAUUCAUGAAUUGAUAAAAUAUUUCCUAGUUUCUUUCAGUAUAAAUAAACACAAAUACAUUUGUUAAA